GAUAUAUAUUCUACAUCUUCACACAUCUCUAUUACUUCCAAUUUCAUAGUUCUUGAUUUGUCUCCAAUAUAUUUCAUAAUUCAUAGAUAGAUAUAUAGAUAUAUCAAUUAUGAAAGGGGUGUGGAAUAGAAUGCAUGGUUUGAAACCAGUGAUGCUUAUGGUGUUGGUGCAAAUUGCAUAUGCUGCAGUUAAUGUUCUCUAUAAGCUUGCCAUCAAUGAUGGAAUGACUGUUAAAGUUGCUACUGCUUAUCGUCUUGCUUUUGGUUCUGCUUUCACUGUUCCUCUUGCUCUCAUUUCUGAAAGGAAGAAGAGGCCAAAGUUGACUUGGAGGGUACUUUUCAUGGCAUUUCUUUGUGGCUUGUUUGGGGGAAGUUUAUUUCAAAAUCUUUUCUAUGAGGCCUUGGCUUUAACAUCAGCAACUUUUGCAUCAGCUAUCUACAACCUUAUUCCAGCCAUCACUUUUAUCAUGGCCGUUUCAUGCGGAUUUGAAAAAUUAAAUUUGAGGGCAGCAAGUGGAAAAGCAAAGGUUUUAGGAACUAUAAUUGGAAUUGGUGGGGCAAUGAUGUUGAUUUUUCUCAAAGGUGUAGAAAUUAAUAUCUGGCCUUUCCACAUCAACCUUUUGGAACACCAAAAUAGCCACGUGGCAUCACUAAAUGUUAAUUCUGGUAGUAAAUGGUUGGGUGUUCUGUGUGCAGUAGCAAGCUGCUUCUCUUUUUCUUUGUGGCUAAUCAUUCAGGCUAAAAUGAGCAAAGAAUAUCCAAGUCAUUACUCAAGUACAGCUUUAAUGUCUACAAUGGGAGCAAUACAAGCCACUGCUUUUGGUCUUUGUGUUGAAAGAGAUUGGAGCCAAUGGAAGUUGGGUUGGAAUAUUAGAUUAUUAGCUGUGGCUUACUCGGGAAUCGUUGCAUCUGGAUUAGUGGUAAUCGUGACUUCGUGGUGCAUAAAGAUGAGGGGGCCACUAUUUGCGUCUGUAUUCAACCCUCUGAUGCUUUUGUUUGUGACUAUCGUCGCUUCUAUGACGUUGGAUGAAAAUUUAUAUUUAGGAAGCUUGAUUGGAGCAGUGUUGAUUGUGUGUGGUUUGUACAUGGUUCUUUGGGGUAAGAGUAAAGAAAUGAAAAAGAUUGCUCAAUUGGCUACAUCAAAAAUUGCCCAAGAAACUGAAGAUAUAGAAGUUGUUGUUAUGCCCACACUAGAAGUAGUAGAUCAUGAUAAAUUACAUGUCAACAAUAAUCACACAGAAGUUGAUAAAGAUCAUGUUGAUUAUUUAUCAAAAAAUAGAGAAAUUAGUAGUAGUAUUAGUGAUGAUCAAGAGAUACAGAAAUGUUCAACUAAUUAAUGUGUCUAAAAAUAUUUCCAUUGUAAUGCUCCGGACAUAAUGAAGUUGCAGAGAGCAUGUCCCUUUAUAGUUUAAAUUAAUUUGUCCACUAAUACUUUUGUCUAUAGUUAACCAAUUAAUGAACUACGGAUUUCAGUUUU